AUGCCAGCUGACCCACCAUUAAUUCCAACAGUGCGCUUUGAUGUUACUUUUCCGUCUUCUGCAAGCUUAGUAACAAUUAAGAAUGUUAAAACAAAGAAUAUGGCAAGGUUUGCAAAUAUUCGGUCUGACUCAGCCUUUAAAUUUAAAACUCUUCAAAAGGGGUUUCCUGACAGACACGGAUAUCAAGUGUUUGUACAAAUGGAGAAAGAAAAAACCAACAAAGAGGAACUAAAGGAAACCAAUUCUCACAUUAAUGCAAUUGAAGAUUAUUUGAGGCUUGAAGGCGUGCACCAUCAUACAAACGGGGUACAAAAAACAUCUGGCCUAAACAUGGAGUGGGAAUUGUUGACUCUAGACCAUAUUUCCUCUGUUGUUGUAAACAAGGAAUAUGAUAAGUAUCUUUCAGGGGAAAUUUAUGAAAAGAAUUUAACAAAGAUACCAGAGCUAGCAGAGAUAACAAAAGAAGAAAGAAAUGAAAUAGUCCAACUAAACAAGAAAGAAAGAGCAAAGAAUAGAGCUAGCAGUGAGCAAGAGUCAGACACAACAACACCAAAAAGAAAAAACUCAUUCCACAAUCCAAUUUCAAAGAAAAGCAAAUUAGAGAACAAUUCAACUAUUGAUGAAAAGAUAACAAUGAUGUCAGAAUUGAUAAAGGAGAACCACAAAAAGGUAGAUGAAUACAUGAAAAACAACCAAGAAACGAUGAAUUCAAUUAAGGAGCUUUUGGUUGUGUUGGUAAAUAAGCAAUAA